GAGAGAACGGAGGCAGGGAUUGGUGGAAGAGAGUUGAAAUCUAAUAGCGGAAGUCCCGCCCAUUCUGGGCGAAAGCUUCCGGCUCUAAUUGCUUGGGCCAUAUGCUGACGCAGGGGAGCUAGCGGUGCCGGAAUGGUGCUGCUGGAGAGCGAGCAGUUCCUGACGGAGCUGACCAGACUCUUCCAGAAGUGCCGGUUGUCGGGCAGCGUGUUCAUCACACUGAAGAAGUAUGAUGGUCGAACUAAACCCAUUCCAAGGAAAGGUUCUGUAGAGGGCUUUGAGCCCUCAGACAACAAGUGUCUGUUAAGAGCUACUGAUGGGAAAAAGAAGAUCAGCACUGUGGUGAGCUCCAAAGAAGUGAACAAGUUUCAGAUGGCUUACUCAAACCUAUUGAGAGCUAACAUGGAUGGGCUGAAGAAGAGGGACAAAAAGAGCAAGAGUAAGAAGAGCAAAGCAGCACAGUGAAGGGCACCAGAUAUCCUUCUUUGACCAACUAACUACCGAAUUACUAUUUUUCCUUUGGUUAUUACUUUUGGCCACAAAGCUAGGUUUCUGGUUCCCCUAUAGAAACUUUUCAUGUGAGAUGAGGGUCAUUUUGGAUGGAAGAAGGGCUGCAGUGUUUACAGGAUAGUUGUAAGAAGCCAAGUUUAUUUUAGAAUUGGCUGAUUGGUCUGUGUUGUAUUGUUGUAUAUCCUGGGAUUAUAAAGUCUCUGUAGCCAUCUGUGUGACGAAAAAUGGAUCAUUAAACCUGUAUUUAUCUGCA